UCGAUAUUAUAACCGAGUUUUCGUUGUUGUUUAGGCCUAAUCCUCUAUUAUCUUUGCAUUUACAAGUUAGAGAAAAGAGUUUGGCUUUUGUGUAAGCAUUUAGUUUAGUUUGUCAGAGAUAUCUUACUCCUCUUACUUUCAGAAAUGACAGACUCGUCAAAGAAAGCUGAUGAUGACUUCCUCGAUGUACCGAAAUUGGACAAAGAAGAUAAGAAGUAUCUUUGCCCCAUUUGCGGGUACCAAUUUGCACGUCUAAUGCGGUCAAAGUGCCAGCAUCGAUUUUGCGGAUCUUGCAUUGAUGCAGCAUUCGAACACAGAAGGGAGUGCCCUACAUGUACUGAAGAUUAUUAUUGUAGAGUUACUGCUGAAGUGGAAACCGAGAGAGCAUUUCAAGAUUUAAUGCCUCUCUCAGGGAACGUUUGUAGAAGAGAAUCUCAAACAUUGUCAAAACAAGAAAAUCAUGCUCACCUAGUGGCAGAACUUCAAGCUUGCUUAGUAAAACAACAACGUAACUGUAAUGUACUUGAAGCUUCCGUAGCAACAGAAAAAAAGAGAUUUGAAGCAGAAAGAAACAGAUGUGAAGAGCUUGAAGCUUCCCUAGAAGCAAAAACCAUAAGAUGUAACGAGCUUGAAACUUCCAUAGAAGCAAAAACCAUAAGAUGUGAAGAACUUGAAGCUUCCCUAGAAGCAAAAACCAUCAGAUCUGAAGAGCCUGAAGCUUCUCUAGAAGCAGAAAGAAGCAAGUAUUGUGAACUUCAAGCAACCUCAGCACAAAAAGAACGGAAUAAAGUUCAAAGGUCAGCAUCAGAAAAUCUUCGUAGAGCUACCUACUUACGAACUUCCUUUGCAGAAGCGCAACGUACAAAUAUGCGGCUCCAAGCCUCCUUAAAUGAAUCGCAAUGUACAAUUAACCAGCUGCAAGAUUCCUUAGAGGAAUCGCAAGCUUUCUUAGAAGUGGAGCGGUGUAGAGUUACCCAACUGCAAGCUUCCUUAGAUGAAGAGCAACGUAGGUUUAAUCGGCAGGAAACAGAAUAUAAUCAGCUCCGCAAUGCCUUAGAAGAAGUACAGCGAACUAAUCAGAGGAUGCAAAUAGAGUUGACCGAAGAACGAGGAAGCAGACAAGAAAUAGAAAGACAACAGCAAGAAGCACAGAACAUGCUUCGAGUUGCCGAGCGAACAGCAAAUGAACUCCAAACAAGAUGCGAAGAGCUUGUUCGACAGCAGCGUCCUGACUGGAUCCUGACAAGAAAUGAGAUAGCACUUUCUGAUAGAAUCAUCGGAAGUGGAGCAUGGGGAGAAGUCUUAGAAGGUACAUUUCGUGGAUGUACAGUUGCUGUCAAGAGAAUCCACCAACUUAUUCUUUCUCCUCAUAACAGACGCCUGUUUGAGCGAGAAAUGAACAUGGCGUCACGAUGUCGUCACCCGUGUCUGCUUCAGUUUAUUGGUGCUACAGCUGAUGACGCUGUAAGUCCUCUGUUUGUCACAGAACUGCUGGAGACCACCUUAAGAUCAGUUUUGGAAGUACGUGGUCUGGAACCAGCUGAGAUAUUGGCCAUUGCACUGGAUGUUGCAAGAGGUUUAAACUACUUGCAUCUCAAUCAUCCUGAUCCCAUCAUUCACCGCGACAUCAACAGUGGUAAUGUGUUGCUAUGGAGACAGAAUAAUUCUUGGAGAGCUAAAGUGUCUGAUUAUGGUACAGCUAAUUUUUUCCGACAGUGUUCCACGGUUAGUCCAGGAGCACCUGCCUAUUCAGCUCCCGAGGCUAGUGAUGUUGCGCAACAGACUUCAAAGAUUGAUGUGUUCAGUUUUGGAAUUCUGUUGUGUGAAAUGAACAUCAGAGAACUGCCUGAUCUGUCAGAAAGAAACUUGCAAGUUGCAAUGGUCAGCAAUCAGCGGCAAAGAGAGCUAAUUCAGAGAUGUUUGCUACGCAACCCCGAUGCUCGCCCGUGUAUUGGAGAAGUCAUCGAUAUUCUCUUAAGAUCUAGAGAAGAUCCCAUAUCCAUCAACGAAACGUCAUAAACUGAAUUGCAGUUAUAAGUUAAUCAUGUUAUUAUGAUGUAAAAAGCGACAACUUAACUAAAUUGCAAACACUAAGUUAAUGUACAUUUGGUAACACAUCGUGUUUGUAAUUGGUUAUCAUAAAAUGGAAAAAUUCAACUCAGGCAACAUAGCUAACUAGAUUUUAUUUCAAUCUUUUAUACAACAAAAGCCAAUAGAAACUGCAAUUUUAAUUGAACAAUUUAGUAUGACCAGUUCUACGGCUAAAUAUAUAUGCUAAUAAUGUUCCUUGUUGAUAAAGAACAAUAUUAUUAAAACAGUACUGAUCAUGAGGGGUGCCACCAACAA